AACAACGCACAACUUUCUCGCGCAAACGUAGCUCCGCUCCAAACUCACUGCUCACGGUGUCCGAGCAGAAAUGUGAUGUUGAAAACUGUAGUGUAACGAACGCCUGCUGUUUCACCGCAAAUUUAGUAAACGUUUCGUUGAUUGCCGGGAAAUAUUUUUUUUAGAUACUGGAAAACAGAACAACUGUAACGUUAUGUAAGCUGUGCGUAAAGUGACAGAAAGAACGAGAAUCAUGAUGUCAGUCAGUCCUCAUUCACUCUUCCUUCUUCGGACCAUAAGAGACAGUCUGGAAUCAAAGCUUUAACGUCUCUGACAUCACCCAUCGGCCAUAGAAGAGAUCAAAGGGCGGAAGUUGAGCUCUUCUUCUGUGCAAGCUUCAUCAUCAUCCUCUCCAUCUGCAAUGGAGGUUGCCCUGGCUUAUCCUGCCCUGAAGGCCUUCAUGUGCGGCUCUCUCAGCGGCACCUGCUCCACUCUGCUGUUCCAGCCGUUGGAUCUGGUGAAGACCAGACUGCAGACCCUGCAGAACAACAUGCACCCAGGUGCUCCUAAAGUGGGGAUGAUUACAGUCUUUUUCAACGUGAUCCGCACAGAGAAGCUGCUUGGCCUGUGGAAGGGGGUCACACCGUCGUUCAUGCGCUGUAUCCCUGGUGUAGGGAUCUACUUCAGCACAUUUUACUCGCUGAAGCAGCACUUCUUCCUGGAUAGGUCUCCGAAUGCAGGGGAGGCGGUGUUGCUAGGGGCGGGGGCUCGUUGUGUGGCAGGUGUGGCCAUGCUGCCCAUCACAGUCAUUAAGACUCGUUUUGAAAGUGGGCGGUACAAUUACAUAAGUGUAGCUGGUGCUCUUAAAAGUGUGUGUCAGAACGAAGGACCGAGGGCGCUUUACUCUGGGCUCACAGCGACUUUACUCCGAGACGCUCCUUUCUCUGGCAUCUAUGUCAUGUUCUACAGCCAGGCCAAAAAGGCUUUGCCACAGGAGAUCAGCUCAUCCUCCUUUGUUCCACUGGUUAAUUUUGGCUGUGGUGUGGUGGCUGGUAUUUUGGCGUCUCUAGCCACUCAGCCAGCAGAUGUGAUCAAAACCCACAUGCAAGUGAGCCCAGCGUUGUAUCCCAAGACCAGGGAUGCUGUACAUCAUGUUUAUACUAAGCAUGGCUUGAGCGGGUUCUUUCGAGGAGCAGUUCCUCGUUCUCUGAGGAGAACCCUUAUGGCUGCCAUGGCCUGGACUGUGUACGAGCAGCUGAUGGCACGCAUGGGACUGAAGUCCUAAAGACACCCCUCACACUUUAUAUGUGGACUUCAUUCUGUGUGUGUCCGAUACAGGAGUGUGUGCUUUUCAGAUGGUGGUGAAAAGAUGGCAUUCUAUUAUCCUUGAAGGAUUGAUAAAAACAAAAGCAGCUAGUGUUGGCUGAGGUACCGGUAAUAAUAGGUAUGUGUGUGUGAUUGUCUGUGUGUGUUAGUGUUUUCAGGUGCAGUCUUUACCCUGUGACACCUCUGACAGUGACAUUCCUAAAUUGCCACAAUGUGAGUUUGUCUGCCUGCAUAUUGAGACAGGGGUCCGCACUGAAGAAUACCAAUGAGAGACCGUCAGCUCACAAGAAAACACUAGUUUCACAAGAAGAAAAUCCCCUUCUUGUCAAUUAACCUUAAUAUACUACAUGUCUCAGUGUCAUUGAAAAGUGAUGAGAUAGUUCCUAAGCCUAAAUAAUUUUUAGUCGAUGAUGAGGCUUAGUGAGUGUCCAAGAGACUGGUGUUACAAAGACAUGUUGACAUAAUACUCCAGCAAUCAGACCGAAUUACUCUAGGGUUGAGAAACUCAACUGACAACACAUGACUGUCUCACCAACAUACUCCGUUCCAAACAUGUUUGCUCGUCUCUAUGCGAUGAUUUGUGCUGUUCUACUGAUUUCCUGUGCUGUGUGGCUGGAUGGAUUUAUCAAUGCACUCCAGUAGACUGUUUUUGAUUUUCUUGAACGCUCACUCCUGAAUGCAGACAAAGCCUAGAUAUGGAUUGAGUGAGGCUUAGUAAGAUUUAAACCUGGAGAAACAUUUAAUAUUUAUUAAAGAAACAGAACAAGUGUUAUUGUUCCUGGGAAAACAAUGUUUGAAAUUGCAAUACUUCAUUUAUUGUAUUUGCAUAUGUUGUAUUUUGUGUGAAACCAAUGUAAGACUCCAUAGUGUCAUCAGUGGUGCUCGGUGUGAACACAGUGUAAUGUUGAUUCAACAUGACCCAUGGGGCAGUUUUAGAAAGUCUGUAAAAAACAUGUCCGGUUGGUUGUUCAAACUUAAAAAUUUGUUGAGAAAAUGAAGCUUAUGAGAAUCAUUAGGAUUACUGGCAUUGUGACAUUAGUUCCAUUUCUUUUAGGCACCUUUUCUCCCCAAAUCUGCAUUACAAAAAAUAUAUAUAUAUAUUCAUCACAGUAAUAGGUAUUUAGGCGAAAUAUACUUAAUUGUCUUGUAAAUAAUGUCACAAUGCAAAAAUAUUUAUGGAUUCGAAAUAGAAUUUGAUUUAUUUAAGCCAAAUAUAAUUUCUUUCCUUUUGUAUUAAAAGUUUUGAUUGUACUAAAAGGAUCAUUAUAUACGUCAAAUGACUGGCUAUUUAAAUUCAGGAAUGUGUUAUACUCCAGUAAUUAAAAUUUAAUUUAGUUUGCGGAAUUCAAUUCCAUAAAAUAAUUGUUUUAAAUUGUCUUGAUUAUAAUUAGAUUGGCUUAUUCCUGACAAAGAAAGAUGAGGUUCAAUUCCCAUUGUAUGAAAUUUGUAAGACAUUUGAAGCUUAGUAAUACUCUAGUUUUAUAUCAGUUAAGUGGGUUCAUAAGUUUCGAUCACUGCACACAACAUGCAUAUAGUUUGUGAAAGCACUUUAAAUUCAGUAAAGCUGAUUGCAUUCAAACUGAUUCUGUGUGUGUGCGUGCGUGUGUGUUGGUUGGUUGGUCACGUGUUGCUAUGUAAGCCUUUGUGCUGUACUGUGGAGAUACUCUUUUGCCUUCACACAAUCAGUAUUGUCUCUUCAGCAUUUCUUAUUGCCAAUAUUGUUGAUAUUUUGUCUGUAUGUGACAAUAUUUGUACAUGCAAAUGUUACGCCUAUUUAAAAAUGUGAAUAAAUCUGCCGUGUUUUAU